UGGAUAUAUUAAAAAAUUGCCUUCAACUUUUAAAGUCAUGUUGGCACUCUUGGCUUACCAUAACCUAAUCUUUGAUAUUAACCUUGAAAUUAUUUUUUAUCCAGCCUUUUUUAAAUUAGAUAAUUAAUAGAUUCAGAACUCUAUUUGUAGGAUCAUGUCUUUCGCUAAUGAUUCCUUAAGUGCAGAACAUCCUAGAAAUUUGAUUCCUGAAUUAUGCAGACAAUUUUAUCACCUUGGAUGGGUCACAGGAACAGGUGGUGGAAUCAGUAUUAAACUGGAUGACAAAAUCUAUAUUGCCCCAUCAGGAGUACAGAAAGAAAGACUUCUUCCGAAUGAUCUUUUUGUUCAAGAUAUGUCUGGUAAUGAUUUAGAAUUACCACCUAAAGAGAAAAAACUGAAAAAAAGUCAGUGUACACCGCUUUUCAUGUGCGCAUAUAAAUUUCGAAAUGCCGGUGCCGUAAUCCAUACUCAUUCCAAAGCAGCAGUUAUGGCUACAAUGCUAUUUCCUGGAAAAGAAUUUAGAUGUACCCAUCUUGAAAUGAUAAAGGGUAUAAAAAAUCACAAACUAAGUAGAAACUAUAGGUAUGAUGAACAGUUGAUUGUGCCUAUAAUUGAAAAUACACCAUUUGAAGAAGAUUUGACAGAACGAUUAUCAGAAGUAAUCAAAUUGUAUCCUGAAACAUGUGCUGUUUUAGUUAGAAGACAUGGAGUUUAUGUUUGGGGUGAUACAUGGCAGCAAGCAAAAACAAUGACCGAAUGUUAUGACUAUCUGUUUGAUAUUGUUGUUCAAAUGAAAUUACAUGGACUAAAUACCGAUCUGACACCUCUACAGUAUGAAAUAAAAUUCCAAAGAGAAGUAAAAGAUGAAAAAAAUUGAGUGAUUAUAUUGAAUAACAUGCUAUUUUAAUAAGAUAUAUUUUUAUUUUAAUGUAUCACAUGCACAGGGGUAGAAAAGAAUUUCUCUUCAAUAUUUUCAUAGAAUAAUUUUCUAUUCAUAAAUGAUUUCAAUAACACA